AUGAGUUUGCCAUUUUUAAUCAUUUCGUUGAUAAACAUUGUUUACGUAUUAACGCAAGGAUUUCCCAAAGAUAUGAAUUUACAUGUGACAUUUCCACCUAUACUAGAACGUCAUGAGUCUAUGCCAUUGGGUCACCUGAGACCAUUGGGCUGGCAACGACGUGCUGAAGCAUCCGUUCUACAAGAUUCAAUUGCUAUUUCUCCACAGUUAUUUUAUCAACAGUAUGUACAAGGUAAUCGUUCACUUGUUCUUCGAGGUAUUGUUUUAAAUUCACCAGCUAUCGAUAAAUGGUCGGAUGUAUAUUUAUCAAAGAAAUAUGGUCUUUUGAAUAUAACUGUGUCCAAAAGAAAACAACAUCUUGUUGAUUCAUUAGAGACAAUGUUAUUUAGUAAAUUUUUACAAAAUUAUCGACAUGAUGAUUUGUAUAUGAAUACAAUAAUUCCAGAUGAAAUGAAAGUGGAAACACCGCUGAUAUCACUCGUUAAUUGUGGUACAUUUAAACAUCGUCUGUUAGAACCAGUAAUAUGGAUAAGUGCCGGUGACACAGCGUCUCUAUUACAUUCACAUUCGAAAGAUACAAUACAUUGUAUGAUUGAUGGAAGAAAAGAUUUUAUUAUUUUAGAUCAUUUAGAUAAAAUUGACGGUUUAGAUCUCGUUCCACAGUCAAACGGUGAUUUAUAUUCGAAAAUUGACGUUGACAUGGUAAACGUAUUCAAAUAUAAACGUUUAAAUUCGAUACCCUGGUAUUGGGUGACGUUGCGCGAAGGAGAUUGUCUCUAUAUACCAACACAAGUUUUGCAUCAAGUGCGUGCUCAUGGACGAACAAUAUCAGUUUCAAUUGAUAUCGCACAACCAGACACUCGAGAAGAUUUCGAAGACGAAGGAUGUGAAAAAAAUCCACCAUCGUACAUAUCAUUAGACAACGGUGAAUUUAUUUGGCGUUAUAUUCAUGGACGCCGACAUUUAGCACGUAGAAAUAUCGAAACAAAAGAUGUACAAAAUUAUUUAUUACUUUUAUUGGGAUCUAAUGAUCAAUUGUACUAUAGCGUCUUUUUAGAUUUUUAUCAGCAAGCAACAUGGGAAUUAAAAGAUGCUCCUGAUGCAGUUCUUAUAUGGGAUCAAUUGAGAAAAAGUACAAAUAUCAAUGCCACAAUGACAAUUGAAAGUGAUGUAAAUUAUAUUGAACGAACAAAAAUAAAAACAUUAUCUGUGACAAGUGCAAAAUUAUUAGCAGAAACAUUACAACGAAGUGCAAGAAUACACGAGUACGAUAAAACAGAAUUAUAA